UGUAGACAACACACACCGUUCGCAUUUAUCAUUUUGCUUAAAACCCUGUCGACAUACGCGCCUGCUAUAAGCUAUAAGCUUUAUUCGAAAAAUAAAUUUAUAAAUAAACAAAUACGUUUAUAAUUUCUUUUCGAAUAAUUUUUCGCGACGUAUAAAUUUAUUUUUUUUGGAAAUAAAUUUUUGCACCUGUUUAUUUUAUUUUUUUGCGGGAUAUUUACUUGUGUUUGUGUUCAGUUUUUGGAAUAAUGGCGUUCAGAAUGACGAAAAUCUCAACCGUGUGUAUCCUGCUAAUCUUAUGCCUGGCGGUCCUCGUCCGGGAAUCAAACGCACGUCCCCCAUGGCUUGCUCCUGGAAGCGGUGUGUUCACAGAGUCAGCUGAAUGUCAUACAGAUGAUGAGCUCUUAGAUCUCUGCCAGAGGUGUGCCAAGCUAACCAAGUCCAAACUGGCGUACCCAGCCUGCUGUUCCACCGACCUUCAAGCCAGGAAAUGGUGUUCAGACUACGUGUACUUUGGUAGGGGACAGUACGACUUCUACUGAUCCCCUUUAGAUUUAAGCUAGAUUUAAGUCUAGGUUAGGUUAAAAUGAAUGUUAGCAUGACUGACUGAUUUGAUUAUUGGUUUUUGGUUGGAUGUUAAGCCAUUUGUGCAUUUAAUUAGAGUAGGUGCCUUCUGGUGCUUCUGUUUUUUAAUGUUUCAGUCACAUUAAGUAUUUUUGUUGUUACAUUUUUGAGUGGGACACGUUUUUUGGAAAGUUUUCAAAAUUAAAUCUAUAAUAAAGUUUGCUGACUCUUAGACUGCCUCGUUGGUCAAGUGAUCGCUAGUGCGACUGCCGGGCAAGGGGCAAUUCUCGGGUCGGGCAAAAUAUUGCUGGCCUUUUUUCAGUUUUUCUAAAAUUUCCUGGCAUUGUGCCCAGUAUAUGGCAAUUGAUUCACCCCCUAUUACACACGACUUAUAACACAAAUGGUAAAAAGUGGGUGUACAUUGUUAAAUGAAUAUCAUAUUCGAUUUAUUUAGUAAAUUAGUAACUGCAUUGUAAACUUUUCAAUCCUUGUCUGUAUGUUUAAAAAAAUAAUGGCAUAUUUUCAAACCGUGGCAGUCAUACCUAAUAUUUAAAUAAAUAAAAAUGUAAGUAUGUAUUUUAAUUAUACAUUAAAAUGUAGUUAUUUUUAUAACAAAAAUUGUACAUAAUUAUAAUAUUUAAGUUAAUUUUAAGUUACAGUAAGCAUUUAAAACCAAUACUGUUAUUAUUGAGUAUGACAGAUUUUAAGUCAAAUUUUGAAAACCAAUUAUUUUUUUAAGAAUUGUUAUAAUCCCCAAAGUCAAAGUCAAAGUAUUUAUUUCAAAUAUUUCAUAUCAUAUACAGAUAUUUAUUAUAGAACACAGUUUAAGUUUGAAUAACAUUUUGCAAUGAAUUUUACCAAGGAAAGAAUUAGGUAAUUCAAUUUCAAAUCAAUCAAGUAAUUUGUUUUGAUAAAUAAGAUUGUAUACAUAACUAAAGCAUGUACUAUGUUAUUCAAUAAGUCAAGAAAUGCUAAUUAUUUUGUUAUUUAUCAAUAUCCGUGUGGUCACUUCACGAAACGCCAAUUAACCUUUACUUAGAUUAAACUAAUGAGGAAACUUUGACCAGUCGUGGGAACCGUGAUUCAUUUCAAAUCAUGUUUGUGAUAAGAAUUUCAAUAAUUUUAUUGUAACUUUCGUGAGACAUACUAAAUUAAUUAUUAUGUUAUCUGCUUACUCACGUAACUGUUUGACGAGGAACUCGACUAGUUUAGAGGCUCAUAUUCAUGAGCAGCAUUCCGCGACGUUACGUGAGUAAGCCGAUAAUAUAAUAAUUAAUUAAGAAUUUCAAUUUUAAUCAAUAAAAGAAUAUUUUUUUGAAAUAGUUAUUCACAAAAUUGUAUUUAAAAUGCUGAAUAACAAUUUGUGAAUAUUAUAUUUUUCGUAUUCUAAUUUCAAGUUUGUAUAAAAGAAAGAAUGCAUUUUGUAAACAAAAAAUUAAAUGCAAAAUUGAAACAAUCAUAUUUGUUUCCGAUAUUGAACUGUGAUAAUAUUUUCUUUUUGUUGUAAAUAUUUUGUUAAUAAAAAUGAAAAGAUUUUGUAAAUACUAUAAUUGUGUAAGUUUAAUGAAUUAAUUGAUUUUGUGAAGGAGAAGAAUAAAAAUCUAAAUCUGAUUUUAA